AGAGAUGAGAGAUAGAAAGCAGAGGAAAGACGAAAGACAAUGGCGAAAGGAUAAACCAAAACACUCAAAACGGUGAUAUGGCUAUGAGUUCGUCAAAGAAUGUUUGUUAAUGUGUCAAAGGUUUUUAAACGGAAAUAUAGGAAUGUUUAUUUAAACCGUGUAUAAUAAUAAUAUUAAUUUGAGUUCAGUUAGCAAUACUAUAAAUUAACAAUGUUCAACAGAAGACCAAGGAAUCCUGUGGAUCAGAAGCUCUUGAUGCAGAUUAGAAAUGGUCACCUGAAUGAAGGAUUCAAUUGCAGAAAGCCGAGUUCAGCAUCUAUCAAAUCCAUAUCAAAGUACAACCUUUUGCAUUCUUAUUUCGAAUGCGAUUUUAAUGGUGAAUACUCGAAGAGGAUUGCCCACGAACUCAAAAGACAAAUAAAGAGCUGUAACAAGUAUAAACAGCUAGAACCUACAUUUACAGAUUUUGUUCGACAGAAGAUCCUUUAUGUACAUAACUAUAAUAUGAAAGUGAUGGGGGUAACAUUUGCCUACCCUCUUUCCAACGAGUUUGUUGAAUUAUUGAUACAAUAUGUUCUGAUAGAAUCCAGGGCUGUGUAUAGAAGACAGGACUAUUCAGUUGUUCAAGAAACUGAAGCACAAGAUAGAAUAUUACGACAAAAUAACGGAAUUGCAUUCAAUUGUGAAAGAAUCAAUUCGCGUACCGCACUGUAA